AUGAUCUCUAUUAUCCUGGUGUCGUGGUUGCGGAGGUUUGGCUACCUGUCUCAAGCCAGCAGACAGAUGUCAACCAUGCAGUCCUCUCAAAUCCUGUCCAAUGCCGUCAGUGACAUGCAGCGCUUCUAUGGCCUAGAGGUCACUGGAGAGAUGGACCCUGCCACACUGAAGGCCAUGUUAAGGCCUCGCUGUGGAGUCCCAGACAAAUCUGUUGAGCAGGCUGAGAAUGGUGUGAGGCGGAAACGCUACGCUCUCACUGGCCAGAAGUGGGACAAGAACCUUCUGACUUACAGCAUUAUGAACACCACCCCAAAGGUUGGUAAGGUUCGGACACUGGAGGCCAUCCGCAGAGCUUUCGAGGUGUGGGAGCGCGUGACUCCACUGAGCUUUGAAGAGAUUGCUUUCCAAGACAUCACCAACAACAGCCAGGACGCGCUAGAUAUCAUGCUGUUGUUUGCCUCUGGUUUCCAUGGAGACAUGUCUCUGUUUGAGGGCGAGGGGGGGUCUCUGGCUCAUGCCUACUACCCAGGGUCCGGGAUGGGCGGAGACACGCACUUUGACGCAGAUGAACCCUGGACCCUUGACAACCACGAUCCAUCAGGCAUUGACCUCUUCCUGGUUGCGGUGCAUGAGCUGGGCCAUGCUCUGGGUCUGGGGCACUCUGAUAACCCCAAUGCCAUCAUGGCUCCCUUUUACCAGUACAUGGACACAAAGAUCUUCUCACUCCCAGAGGAUGAUAGGAAUGGAAUACAGAUGAUAUAUGGAUCUCCAGACAAUGCUCCCACUCAGGACCCACCCGCCACCGCUGAUGAUGACACCGCCCCAAACCAAGAUCCCACCACCACUGCUCCUCCAGACCUAGACUCCACCACCACUGCUCCUCCAGACCGAGACCCCACCACCACUGCUCCUCCAGACCUAGACUCCACCACCACUGCUCCUCCAGACCGAGACCCCACCACCACUGCUCCUCCAGACCUAGACUCCACCACCACUGCUCCUCCAGACCUAGACUCCACCACCACUGCUCCUCCAGACCGAGACCCCACCACCACUGCUCCUCCAGACCUAGACUCCACCACCACUGCUCCUCCAGACCUAGACUCCACCACCACUGCUCCUCUAGACCGAGACCCCACCACCACCCCUGACAGUCCCCUUGAGACAGACCCCCUCAGCCCUACCUAUACACCAGACCAACCAGAACCAGAUCCCACCUACGUACAUCCCCUCCCUCCGAUACCCGACCCAGACCGCACCAUCCCCUGGCCUGAUCCAGUGCCGGUGACCCCCUACAUCAGGAGGGAUGAGCCUCGUCGCCCCCCAAAGCAGCCAGACCACACUGCCCCCAACAUCUGUGAUGGGGACUUUGAUACGGUCACCAUGCUGCGAGGGGAAAUGUUUGUCUUCAAGGGUCGCUGGUUCUGGAGAGUUAGAAGGAACCGUGUCCUGGACAACUACCCAAUGCCCAUCUCGGUCUUCUGGGUUGGACUACCUGAUGAUAUAGACUCUGGUUAUGAACGGCAUGAUGGAAAAUUUGUCUUUUUCAAAGGUCUAUACUGGCGUUUUAAUGAAGAGUCCCGCACCGGUGACAGAGACUACCCGAAACCUGUCUCCAGGUGGGGCAAGGUCCCAUCCUCUCCUAAAGGAGCCUUCCUCAGCGAUGAUGGCGCUUACACAUAUCUCUACAAGGGCUCCAAGUACUGGAGGUUUGAUAACCAGAAGAUGAAGGACGACCCAGACUACCCCAGAUCCAUCCUUAAAGACUUUAUGGGCUGUGAUGGAGUCCCGGGCGUGGACCCAGAUACAGAUGACACAGUUACAGGCCGCAAGUGGCCAACAGUGGACCAGCCAAAACCACAACCACCAGUUGGCUCAGACCCGGAUGAGGUGGACAGCGAGACCAAUAAGGAUUACACCAACGAUGUCGAUUAUGAACCUGAUGCGAAGGACAAAGAGGUGGAUGUGGUGGUGAGGAUGGCUGAGAACGAGGCCAAGGUUAUGACCCUGAUCAUGGUGACCGUGCCCCUGGUCCUGGUGCUGUUCAUCCUACUAUUGAUCUAUGCUAUUAUCAACACCCUGCAGAAGAAAGAGGCGCCCAGACUUUUGGUCCACUGUAAACGAUCCCUGCAGGAGUGGGUUUGAUCUACUCCAGAAAUGGAUUCACACACUCGCAAACACAUACACACACACACACACCAUACAUAGGCACAUUCUGUUUGAACACAUAUAUAUACACACAGACAUUACAUAAAAAUACAAGCACACAGUUUCCCAAUCUUUCCUCCAUGGUGCUUUACCCAAUCUUGAUUUUAGCCUGUUUACAACAGAUAAUAUGCACUUUUAACGCCCGUGUUUAGAUUUGUUUUGUUAGUUGCGGUUGUAGUUUUAAGCGUGUUUAGCUAAAGAUUUCCGUGAAUGUCCUUAUAAAACAGAGUGGUGGUGCGUAAAUGUCCUUAUAAAACAGAGUGGUGGUGCGUGAAUGUCCUUAUAAAACAGAGUGGUGGUGCGUGAAUGUCCUUAUAAAACAGAGUGGUGGUGCGUAAAUGUCCUUAUAAAACAGAGUGGUGGUGCGUGAAUGUCCUUAUAAAACAGAGUGGUGGUGCGUGAAUGUCCUUAUAAAACAGAGUGGUGGUGCGUGAAUGUCCUUAUAAAACAGAGUGGUGGUGCGUAAAUGUCCUUAUAAAACAGAGUGGUGGUGCGUGAAUGUCCUUAUAAAACAGAGUGGUGGUGCGUAAAUGUCCUUAUAAAACAGAGUGGUGGUGCGUGAAUGUCCUUAUAAAACAGAGUGGUGGUGCGUGAAUGUCCUUAUAAAACAGAGUGGUGGUGCGUGAAUGUCCUUAUAAAACAGAGUGGUGGUGCGUAAAUGUCCUUAUAAAACAGAGUGGUGGUGCGUGAAUGUCCUUAUAAAACAGAGUGGUGGUGUGUGAAUGUCCUUAUAAAACAGAGUGGUGGUGUGUGAAUGUCCUUGUAAAACAGAGUGGUGAUGCGUGAAUGUCCUUGUAAAACAGAGUGGUGGUGCGUAAAUGUCCUUAUAAAACAGAGUGGUGGUGCGUGAAUGUCUAACAGUUGUGUGUGCUGUAAACACAAGACACAUCUCCCACUGUGUCUUUCCUCUAGUCUACACCCUCGACCACAACAGCCCAGACUUUAUUCACAAAGGUGACAAUUUAGAUAGACUCCCUCGGGCGAGAUUAAAUGCAGGGGUUAUUAUUAUAUACAUCGUGCACAUAUUUAGAAAGGCUUAAAGCCUGCUAGAACAGAGCUGGGUCUGGGUUACAUUUCCCAGAUGUUGCUGAUUUAGUUGUUUUGGGUGCAGAUCCAGGCAGUGGUUAGGAGCCCUGCCAGCAUUUCCUUUGCCCGAGUUAGAGUUCUCUUCUCUUAGGGGGGAGGGAAGGAGGAAAGGAGGUGGGACGAAGGGGAGGGAGGGAGGUGGCACGAAGGGAAGGGUCGGAGCUCCAUUGGCAUUGUGCUUCAUGAACUAGAUUAACGAGCCCCACUCCUAUUGUUUCAAACUUUCUUCUGGAGCGGUUUGGCUGGAGAUAUCUUCCUGUGGGACUCCCCUUCUCCCAUGCUGCCAUGUUUCACUGUAGACAUACUCCAUCUGCAGUCUCUAUUUAUCUGGGAGUCUGCCCUCCACUGUCUGCCUAGGAGAGGCUUUAAUGCUAAUCUGUGAUGAUAUGUCACAUGGGUUUGUGAUGAGAACAGUUGGUAUUUAUUUUGAACUUAACCAUAAGUCAUGUCCCAUAAAUCUUCUUGUCGUUUAAAGAAAUGGAAAUGCCCCUCUUUGCACCCUCCCUUUGUUACCAACUCUUUGUGUGCCAACUUCUCUUAUUCAAAGGCCAAAUACUUUUUAUACAACACCCAGAGUGCAAUUGUUGUAUUGUGCAAUUGACAGAUGAAGACCAAUAGUUAAAGGUUUUUCCUCAGCAAAGCCACUAUGCACAUGUAAACAACAAUGGUCGUAUAUACUUCAGGUUUGUGGUCAAUUUUGUAUCACCCGUGUUCUGUCAUUUAUUGUUUGUGUUUCGUAUUGGUUGGUUGUUAGAGGAAGGAGUACUUAAAAUUGUAGUUGUACAAAAUGGUUUUAUUCUACUUUUUUUAAUUGUACAUUUGUAUUGUGCUCUCUGUCCAUUAGCAGAGUUAAAUGACACAUGCAGGACAUGCUCUGUAAAGCCUUUACACAAAUGUAUCAAAUGUAAAAAGAUUUCACAAUAAAACAUGAAUUAAGGCAAA